UCCCAGCCCCGACCCAAGCGCGACCGAGAGAGAGAAAGGAAGAGGGUGGGCGUGAGAUAAGUAGGAAAUCAUCGCGUCGAGGCCGUGGCUGUUGUGCGGGUGACAGGGCGAGGCAAGGCCAUUUUUAUCGCCUCGAAGCCGACCGAUCAAGCAACAGCAACAUGACAGACACCGCGGCACAGGGUGCAGAAAUGGAUCCGCUGCUGGCAGACGAGGAACAGACUCCUGCGACGAGUCAACCGGCCACGCCCAAGCCAGAUGGCAGCGCCGGCAACAAGCGUCAGGCACGACUCUCAUCAAGCAAACGGCGACAACUAACUGAGGCAUUGGACCGAAGCUCCGUGAUCAAGCCUAUGGAGGUGAUGUGGGGCCGCUAUCAGCGCAUGGCUCAUUGGCCCUGUCAGAUCAUCAACCGCUUGGCCCCAGAAGCCGAAUUUGAAAUGCCUUCGGCCGAGCGACCAGCAGACCAGUACCCCGUUCGCUUCUUCGGCACCUAUGAUAUUGCCUGGCUCGACCGAAGUCGCUUGGUGUAUUGGGAGCCUGGCUUUCCCUUGUAUGCCAGCAAGAUUCGCAAUAAGGUGGCCAAGCAAGCGAUUGCCGAGGCCGAAAAAUGCGCCGAGACUGGCGAGGUACCUCCACAGUUCAACAACCCCAACGUGACCAUGCAAGGCGCUUCCCAGGAGGAACCAGAAGAUGCAGCAGAUGCCCCUAGCGUUCAGACUCAACUUGAUGGCGCCGCCUCGACUACCACCAGCCAGCCACAGGAAGCCGGUGUGACCAUGGAAGGCGAGGACGCUGGGGCAGCCCCCGCCGCUAAAAAGAAGGGUCGAGGGCGUCCACCCAAGCUGGGCACCAUCACAUUGAAUGUCAAGGGUCCAGCCACUCCCGAACCAGGCCAAUCAGACGCCACUGCGCCGAAAAAAAAAAGCAGCACCAAAAAGUCAGCCGCAGCUCGCAACAAGACCAAAGCCUCAAAAGAACCCAAGACUCCAAAGACCCCCAAGGCGGCCAAAAGCAGCAAGAAUGCAAUUGACGAGGAAGACGCCGAGCCCGCCUCAAAGAAGACGCCCAAAGGAAGCAAAACUUCCAAAACCCCCACCAAAAACAGCACCCCAAGUGGACAGAGCAAGACCUCCAAGAGCAGCAAAGGCGCCAAGAAUGCCAAGCGCGCCGAGUCUGCGGCGACACCAACCACGGGAGGUCAGACAGCCGCCAAAAAAUCUAAAAAGGGCUCGUCGGCCAAUAGCACGGCCGAGGACGACCCCAUCUUGCCCCAUAAUGUAGACUUUAAGGUGCGGCUGCGGGCCAACCUCAAGCCGCACGAGGCCGCACGGAAGGAGCGCCAAGCCAAGGUUCAACACCAACUCGGCCUCAAUCUCCCACGUGCCGAUGCCUUCCGCAAGUGGCGACAACCCGUGACCACGAUCUAACAGCCUUGCAUAAGAGAAGCUGCAUGAUAGAAGCUGUGCAAGCCAAUUCUUGUCGUAGCCGUGCCAUGUUUGCCUGACCGCCUGCCGCCCUCUUGGGAACGGCUCUGCUGAUUUCUAAAGCAUGCAAAGUGCAGUGAGCUGUCUGGUUUCGUGGGACAAUGAAUUGAAAUUAUGAUUCGGCGA